UAGUGCAUGACGGCGAACAUCUUCUGAACAAAAUAACACCAGGAAAUGUUAGCCUGCAUAUCUUAGCAUUAACACAGACUGAGCGAGAACGAGGCGAGGUCAAGUUACAUCUGAUCCUUGUUUAGGGUAUGCGGUGGAAUUCAAACGAAUAUCGAUAUAAUUUAUAGCCUUUCGGGGAACUAGCGUGAUUGCGACACCCUUUUAAUUUUGUCGUUCGCGUUGUUUCUUCUUAUUUACGUGGAGUGCCCAGACCAGCAUGUCCAGGUCAGAUUUCCCACCAGGGUAUGAUGAUUCCAGGAGUCCCCUGUACCCCGGUCAGCCUGGGCCUGCACCCCCAGCAUAUGGAUUCCCUGCUUUUGACGGUCAGCCACAACCACAAUAUGGCCCCGGUCCGGGAAUGUACCCUCCUGGACCCCAGCCUCAGCCCUCAGCCCCAUACCCGGGACAACCUGGCAUGUAUCCACACUCUGGAGGGGGGCCAGGCCAAGGGUACCCUGCUCCCAAUAUGCCACCCAUGAUGCCAAUUAUGCCUGUGAUGCCCAUGCCUCACUCCGAGGAAGGAGACUCGGAGGGGUUUGCAGCCUCCGGUGGAUGGGACAGUAUGACAGUCCGCCAUGCAUUCAUCCGAAAAGUCUACCUUAUUUUGGCUGCUCAGCUCCUCGUGACCGUCAGCAUUGUGGCCGUCUUCACAUUCGUGGAUAAAGUGCGUUCAUUUGUGAGGGAUUAUCCAGCAGUGUACUGGGCUUCCUACGCCAUUUACUUCAUCACUCACAUGGUCCUGGUCUGCUGCAAAGGCCCAAGGAGACGUCACCCUUGGAACUUAAUUCUUCUGGCCAUUUUCACCCUUGCCAUGUCAUACAUGACAGGAACAAUAUCAAGUUACUAUGACACAAAAGCAGUGUUUCUGGCUCUUGGGAUAACUAUGAUUGUGUGCGUCAUCGUCACGGUCUUCUGCUUCCAGACCAAGGUGGACUUCACCUCCUGUGGAGGUUUGUUCUCUGUUCUGGGUAUUGUUGUCUUUGUGACAGGCAUCAUCACGGCCAUUGUGCUGUCAUUCAAAUACAUUUUUUGGCUUCACAUGCUGUAUGCAGCGAUUGGUGCGAUUGUUUUCACCCUGUUUUUAGCCUACCACACCCAGCUUCUCAUUGGGAAUCGCAAGAAUUCCAUCAGCCCGGAAGAGUAUGUCUUCGGAGCGCUGUCAAUCUACGUGGACAUUGUCCAGAUCUUCAUGUUUCUCCUGCAGAUCAUUGGGGGUUCUUCAAAAUAAAAGUCACACAAAUGUGCUCUGGAAAAACCUGACAGGAGGAGGCCAUACUUUUUUCUUUUUUUUUUCCGCAAAAUAAAAAAAAGGUCAAAUUGAUUUUUUUGAGAAAUGCCUUGCAAGAAAAUUGGACAUGAAAAACAUCUGUUCAUUUUUUUAUACCACUAAGAGCCUAUUUUAAUCACAAUGCUGAACAGGAGUAGUUGCUUUAUUUGAUUGAGAUUUGGAAACUAUAUCAUCUGAAAAGGAAGUAUAUGCAAUUUGCAUGAAUUUUUUCACUCCCUGUAUAGUAAUGCUGGUGUAUAUUUUCAAGUAUUGCCUUAUUACUUUAUAUUAAAUGUAGGUAUUGUGCUUUCAUUUAAUGAACAUAAUCAGUUACACACAUGGCUUACUGAAAAAUCAAGUCUUAUAUACAUGCUGUUCUACAAUAGUGAUUCUGUUUACUGCUUUUCCUACACUUUCUACAAGUUAAGCUUUAGAACAAAUAAUAUGUCACAUUCAGGACUUGUUCAUAGGUUUUCCAACUCACUGGUGUAGAGUGCUGUAACAUAGGCUUUUCAUGAAGCAAGAACUUUAUUUUGUGCUAUUACAAAUAAGCCUCUGUCGGAAUUUAAUAAAUGCUGUUUUUCAUUUAUCGUC